GCCGUCCAGGGGACGGGACUGGCGUUUAUAGUCUACUCGGAAGCCAUCAAAAACAUGGAGGUGCCCCAGCUGUACUCCAUGCUCUACUUCGUCAUGCUCCUGAUGCUGGGCAUCGGCAGCAUGCUGGGAAACACCGCCGCCAUCCUCACGCCGCUGACCGACAGCAGGGCCAUCGCCGCCCGGUUCCCCAAGGAGGUAAUCUCCGGUUUUGUGUGUUUCCUUAACUGCGUGAUCGGCCUCGUCUUCACCAUGGAGGCAGGGAAUUACUGGUUCGACAUAUUCAACGACUACGCAGCCACCCUCUCGCUGCUGCUCAUCGUGCUGGUGGAAACCAUUGCUGUGUGUUACAUCUAUGGGCUGAGAAGGUUUGAGAAAGAUCUUCACACGAUGAUCGGACACAAGCCAAACUGGUACUGGAAAACCAUGUGGGCUUUUGCCAGUCCCUUGCUAAUUAUAAGCCUGUUCGUAUUUUACAUCACCGACUACAUCCUGACGGGAACGCUGCAGUACCAAGCGUGGGAUGCCGCACAGGGGCAGCUGGUGACCAAGGACUACCCAGGCUACGCCCUGGCGGUGAUCGGGCUGCUGGUGGCGGCAUCCACCAUGUGCAUACCCCUGGGGGCACUGCUCACUUUUGUAAGGAAGAGACUGAAGAGGGAAGGCGUUUCGACCGUUGCGUGA